AUGUCUCUAGCGAUCAGCCAUAAACGAACCUUACCCUCACUUAACCCACCUAAAUCUUCCAACCAAGAGUUAUGGAUUUACGUUGAAACUAGUGGCUGCAUGACUGAAAUUCUUCAAAUUUCGCAGUCUACUUCCCUAACAUCAGUGAAAGCCAAGAAGAAAGCGCAUGCCUUCUGUCUAAAUCGUGUUGAGCUUGCAACACUUCGAUACGAAGAAUCAAAUUUCGAAGGAACAGAACUCCAAGUUACAUGGAAGCUGAGAUAG